CACUAUCAUUGGCGUUUUAACUGUGGACGGUUGCUACUCGCACUCGCUGGCGGAUUAACGGCACAUAGAUAUAUAUAUAUUUAAAAAUAUAUAUAUGUAUAUGCACAUAUAUAUAUAAAGAGAGUUAUGUGCAUGUCUGCGUAGAGAAGAAGAAGAGGAGGCUGAAAAGCAGCGUUCAAGAAAAUCCAUCUGUAUGUGUGUUGUUGUUGGUGCGCCGCUGCGGAAAAUACAACAAAUUUUCAUGUAUUUGCACAAAACGUUGGUUACAUAAAAAAGCAAAUAAAAGAAGUUUAAUUCUCGAGUAACCAAAUAAAUUUAGCGCAAAUCUUAACACAAUACUGCUACGAACAUUCAGAAAAAAACCCCAUUUAAAAAUGUUGUACCAACGCAGUUGAUUAAGACAAAUAUACCAAAAAACCAAAAAUAAAACAAAAACCAAAUAUAACAUAAAUAAUUAAUAUUUAAAUAAUAUUCAUAACGUUUAACUUAAACAUUAAGAAUAACAAAACCAAAUAAAACCAAUAGUUUAACGCUAGCCUAAUACAAACAGACAGACACCCUCCUUAGACCUGGUGCAAGCGUAUCGUAAACCGUACUUAAAGCCAACAACAAGCUAAACCGAAAACCAAACCAAAAAUCAAACCAAAUCAAACCAAAAAAAAAACAUCAAUAAUGGCCGACAAGAAGAUUGGUGAAUACUAUGCGCCACCGCCAAAGAUGGGCAAAUGGGAGGGUUUCAAAAAAUUCAUAUGGAACAGUGAAACUAGCCAAUGCCUCGGACGCACCGGUUCCAGUUGGGCAAAAAUUUUACUUUUCUACAUUAUAUUCUAUGCGGCGUUAACCGGAUUCUUUGCUGCCAUAUUUGCGGUGUUCUAUCAAACAUUGGAGGUAGAUAAACCCAAAUGGAUGCUUGACAAUGGAUUGAUUGGAUCGAAUCCAGGUCUUGGCUUUCGACCAAUGCCCCCAGAGGCGAAUGUUGAGAGCACUUUAGUUUGGUACGAAUCAUCGAAGAAAGACAAUUAUAUGUAUUGGGUUGAGGAAACUGAGCGAUUUCUGAAAUAUCACACCUAUGACGAACUACCCAAGAAGAAUCAAGUGAACUGCUCAUUUGAGCAUCCGCCACCAGAGGGCAAAGUCUGCGGCGUUGAAGUUUCUAGUUUUGCGCCCUGCACUUUUGAUAAUAACUUUGGUUAUCACCUGGCCAGGCCCUGCAUAUUCCUCAAGUUGAAUAAGAUUUACAACUGGGAGCCACAAAUUUACGAUUUAGCAAAUUUGCCCAAAGACAUGCCUGAGGGCUUGAAGCACCACAUCAAGGAGAAGCAGAGCCUGCGACCAAAUGAGACUGCCGUUGUUUGGGUAUCGUGCGAGGGCGAAAAUCCUGCUGAUGUUGAAAACAUUAAGUCACGCGAUUAUUAUCCUCGCAUGGGUUUCCCCUCAUUCUAUUUCCCAUUCAAAAAUAUCGAGGGCUAUAUACCGCCAAUUGUUGCUGUUCAGUUUACCGUUGAAACCGGCGUCUUGAUCAACAUUGAGUGCAAAGCCUGGGCUCGCAACAUCAAACAUGAUCGCUCGGAUAGGAGAGGAUCCGUCCACUUUGAGUUAAUGGUCGACUAAGAGAAACGCCAUGGAGCAAUGCAUCAUCAGUGAAUGGGCGAAAAGCAGCAACAAGAACAGCUAAACAAGAAGCAAAGCAAACAAAAGAGAGAGAAGUAAACGAG